UGUCACAUUUGUUUUGAUUCGACGGCGUGCACAUUAAAGAAAUAUCAAAUUGUACUACUUUUUGGUAAAUAUUAAAUAAUAAAAUAAAUGAUUGUUAAAAUGAAACAAAGGCAAAGACGCAGUGGCCUACCGCCACCACCGCCAGUGGAAGAGUUGGAGCAAAUGGCAACUGACGAACAAAUGCGAAACUCAGGUAGCGAGCAAAUUGACAUGGAGAAUUCGGAGGAUAAUAAGAAAGAAAAAGAAAACACCCAAAGUGGCAACCAGAGCGGAGAUGAAAGUGAUAACGACGAUGGCGAUGAAAUGGAUUUGGACAAUUUCAAUGUAAAAACUAAAAAGAAACGCAAGAAAGGCAUUAUUUAUGUAUCCAAUAUACCUAAACAUAUGAAUGUAACGCGUAUACGUGAAAUAUUGGGAGAAUAUGGGAAAAUAGGCCGCGUCUACCUGCAACCAGAGAAAUUACCCGGCAAUAAUGAUAAAAAGAAGAAACGUAAGCGUCUGGCACGCCACUUCACAGAAGGUUGGGUUGAAUUCGAAUCAAAACGUGCAGCAAAACAAAUUGCUGCACUCUUGAAUAACAAACAAAUAUCCACCCGCAAAAAGUCACAAUUCUAUGAUUACCUGUGGAGUAUGAAAUAUUUGCCACGCUUCAAAUGGGUACAUCUCACCGAACGUAUGAACUAUGAACAAGCCGUGCAUAAGCAACGUCUACAAACUGAAGUAUCACAUGCGCGUAAGGAGACUACAUUCUUCCAGAACAAUCUGGAUAAAAGUGAGUUUCUGAAAAAGAAAAGUAAAAAGCCGAGUAAGGGCAAAGAUUUUCCGCUGGAGAGUGCGUGAGUUCAGCGAUUUUCAAAGUGUACAACAAUAAUACUUAUAAGAUUGUUUAGUAUUUAAAUUUGUUUUUUUAAAGAAUGUGUAAAAUAAAAGAGUGAACUAUAAACAAGAG